AUGGAGAAUGAAGAUGUUAUCGAAUCAAUCAAUGAUAGCAAAAAUGUAGAAACGGAUUUUGAAUCUAGUAAUUCCUUGAUUGAUAAUUCAAUUGGUAUCUCGUCUAUACCAUUGCGUCAUGAUAGCAUCGAUUUUAAUAAUCGUGACCAAAGUAUAGCCACGAACCUUGAUUACAUAAAUCCAUCAUAUCAACAAUCAUAUCAACAGUCAUCUGAAUCUUCAACCUCAUCAUAUCAACAGUCAUCUGAAUCAUCAACCUCAUCAUCUCAAGCCAAUACAACGAAAUCUGGACUCUUAAAUCGAGUUGGUACUUAUGUAUCAACGACACUUCGUGGAGCAGAUGAUAUCCCAUCAUCAGAAACAAUAAGAGUUGUAUUUCACGCACAUCUGCCUCCUAAUAUUGAAUCUCAUUUCGAAAGAGCCAUCCCAUGCGUUGUUGGAAAUAUCGAUGAGCUAGGAAAAUGGGAAUUUCCUAUCGUAAAGCUUAGACAACCUUAUAGAAGGCAUAUGCAUAGAACUACUUAUUGGGUUUCGGAUCCGGUUACGAUUCCAGCUUCGUGUUUUGAAACCGGUGAUGAAAUAAGAUAUCUUUAUGCUAUUUACAUUCCUAAAAGACAGGAAAGGAAGAAAAAUAAAGAUAAGGAUGAUAGGAUGGAUAUAGAUGAUAAGAAUGAAUAUAGUGGUGAUAUGUAUCGUGAGUCUCUCGGAGGGAAUUCUCGUGUUCUGAGAAAUCUUCUUAGUGAACAAAAUCAAUUUGACAUUGUGAAUCAAAUAAGAAUUGAGGGUAGUGAUUAUUGGACCAAAACCAUUCAUGAUUUCGAAUUUUUAAACUUUAUCUGGCAAUCACUUACACCUACUAAUACUAGAAACAAACUACUUGAAUAUCGUAAUAUCUUGGGUAAAUUUCAGGAAAUUACAAGGCAAGAAACAACCCAGAGAUUCAUUGUAGAGUGCAUGCAGUCAACUAGAGAUAGAGAAAAAGAAAAAAGAUUAUUUUUAUGUGUCCUUAUAGGCUACCAUAUUUUUUUACGUCAAGUGAAUGUUAUAAGUGAUGUCAACUUAAAUCCAAAAUUUCCUUCAUUGGAAUUCUUUGAAUGCCUCAAUAAAUUUCAACCUGAAAAUUGGUUGUCUGAUACUCCCGAGAUUCUUUUGGUUGCUAUUCAUGCGUUGGUUCGUAAUAAUAUGUAUCAAGAUUCAAUUGACUGGUUAAAAAAUAUGUUUGCUUAUGCACCUCUUGUGGAUCCAGGAUAUAGUUUCAUUGAUGUUGUUGCAGAAAGGAAUAUAAACCUAAGACGGUUAUUCGACUUUCUUCCUAAAUAUGUUACUCCACAUGUUAAUAAGAUUGAAGAUCCACGUGUAUAUGCAAGAGUUGGUGCG